AUGGAUAUCAACGCACAACAAACGAAAAUUCCAUCAAGAGAAAAACUUGGUGACCGUCUUCAAAAGGCCUCAUCGCUGUUGUCUGUUGCAGCCAUUCUGAUGACGGUUACUCUCUUUGCAAGAACGGAGACAAACACAAAAAUGCUGGAUUCAAAAUUUACGCUGAAAAUUCAAGAAAUGGGAGAUGCUCUCGAAUCUGUGAGGGCUGCUUGCCAAGCUCUUCGUAAAGACUCAGAAAUUUCCGGCGGUAGGUCAUUAAGUAGAAAAUUUUCUUAACAACUGCGCGUCCCUUGAACUCGACAAUAAGCGCCACUUAAACGGGUUGGUUGGCGUGGUUGUACUGGAUUCAUACGUAAGCAAGCCUAGCGCAUUAGGUUGCGACUGCUUUAAGUCAAAGCAAAUAGUAGAUAACCAAGUCCAUUCGUUUGAUAGACUUAAGAAAAUCCAUCUAAUAAAGAGUUUGUGAGUAUGACAUUCAUUAGCCUAUGAACAACUUUAAUGCAUUCGGGCAUUUCCCUUGAAUGCGAUAUAUUGAGAGAAGUUUUGACAACACAGAUUUGACCUUGAAUCAGAAACUUGACCUCUUUAAGGAAACAUGUCACGACCGCCUAUUGUACUUAUCUUUCAAUAGAUACAUACAACGGAUCAGUGGCUUCUCUUCGACUCGUCGUCUGCCGAAAAGGAUCUAAACAAAAAAAUUUCUGAACCAAAUACGUGGCAAAGAUCAUGAAACGGGAAGCACUAUGAGCAGCUUAAAUCUGAUAUAAUCAAUGUUGAAAAAAAAAAAACGAAAACAAAAACGAUUAACCCUUGCAGUUUUCUUUAGGUAUGAAACACGACGUCAAAAUUGUUCGUCGCAGCUUAAAUAUCAACCGGAGCGACUCAGUUAAUCAAGCAGAAGCCGACACUGGUUUCAGGAAGUACAUGACCUCCAUUGUAACUGAGUCCAUAGGGACCUACUGCCUCUCCCCUGGUAAAGUCUGUGUGGCAGGGCCUCGGGGGCCAAAGGGAAUUCCUGGAAAUCGCGGUAAACGAGGUCCAAGGGGAUCUAUGGGAAAAAAGGGAGGGAAAGGCAUAACAGGAUCACCAGGCAAAUCUGGAAAGCAAGGAAUUAAAGGAGACGUUGGAAAUCCUGGAAUGAAGGGAGAAAAGGGUAUGAAUCAAGAGCUAUUGACACUUUAUUUCUGUCUUUCCUUAUUCAUAAUGGUCAUUGUCAUUAGGAACAAAACGAGAGGAAAUUUUGCUGGAAUCGAAAAGCACAAUUGCAAGAUUGAAACCAAGAGAUCAUAAGCAUCUCUUGAUUGAGACAAAUUGUUAUCUAUUACGAUGAAUGUAUCUUUAACUUGUGGAAAAUUUCACCAGGUACUAUGUGGCGGUUAAUUUUUUUCUCUUGGGAUGGAGUUUGGUCAUAAUCUGUCUAGUAUAGUUAACAAAUUGAGCUUUGAACUAUAAGUUUCUGAUAUGAUGCCAAACAUAGCAAAGUCUUAAAAGAAAAUCAAAAAGAAUCUGGAGGUUCAUUGUCGAGCACAAAUCUAUCAUAAAGUGUAAAAUGGAUGCGAACUGCACCACGGGUGAGCAGGCUUCCUCCAUGUUUCCAGAGCCGAUCUUUACUACGCCAAAUAAUUUUGCUCCGACAGUUGUAAGACAUUCCUUACACCAAAGUUAAGGCGUUUGUUACAGGCCUGUCUAUAUUCUUUAAGGCGAUAAAGGAGUUCCUGGUCAUCCGGGACCUAAAGGUGAACCUGGUCAGUCCAUAUCUGCUCCAAACGUUCAUGUAUCUCCUGCAUCACUUACAAUCACCGAGAACCAGACCGCCACGUUUAACUGUCUAACUGAUGGCAAUCCAAAACCCAGAGUAACUUGGAGAAAAAUGAGUGGUGCAGGACAAGUCAAUAUGAACGGUCACGAUAAUAAGUUGCAGAUCAAGAAUGCUGCUCAUAAUGACUCAGGAAGCUAUGUUUGCAUGGCCACGAGUGUCUUUGGAAGGGCUCAGAAGUCAGUAAAACUUACCGUUGAAGGUGAUGCUAAUAAUAGAAAUACUGGUGUCGUGCGUCGUUAAUAAGGAAGCAGUCAUACAGUCUAUUGGUGACGACCAAUUCCUUCUCCUUUCUCCCUGAAAACUGCGGCCUCCCCCUCAAAAUUUUUCAGCCUCCCCUUUGACUAGUUCGUUACAAGCAGUUUAUAUUAUCAAUUCAUAAUGUCAGUUUCCUUUUUAAAUCUAGCUCCUCCACGAUUCAUCCAUACUCCUGAGAGGCUAACCAUAGUCCCUGCGAACUCAGUCGCUUCUAUUCGUUGCGGAGCUUUUGGUUUUCCACCACCAACGAUAGUUUGGUCGAGAGAAUUUGUCCCAUUACCGCAAGGCCGGACCACCAUUACAAAGAAUGGUACCCUUAUUAUCGCCAACUUUGGUCCUCUAGACAGUGGUACGUAUCAGUGUAAAGCCGGAAACAAGCUUGGAUCUGUUAGUGUGCUAACAACCUUGGAUUAUGAUAAACAAGGUCAGGAAAAAUAAGUUUUAAUUUUAGUUUAAAAACUUUCACUAUUUCAAGUAUGGUCUAUAUUCAACAGGAAUUGAAUGAAGUUAUUUAAAUUCUAUUUGUUCCAAGUGCCUACUAUAUGACUUACAGUAUGCAGGUGAGUCAGUACGAAUUCGAGAACCAAGAGGAAGGUCGGUGAAGGUCCGAAUCCACAGGACCUCACACUCACUAAGGUUUUAUACCCUCUCAGUGAUGUAAGGAACAUUUCAAACUUGUUACCCAUACAGUAAACUUUAACACAUCUGUUCAAAUUUAAAAGAUCCUUGUUGAACACGCCUUUGUUUACACUUCUGUUACCACCUCUGCUUUUGUUUACAUACAGGCAACUAUGGGUAGCAUAGCGAUCCCCUGAAGUUUUUCUGAUAAUAAGUAUUUCAAGGUAUAUUUCACCGCCUAUGACUGACUAAGUUAAAAAAAAAUGACACUGAAAAGCGUUCUUCACUCGUAUACUUCAAAAUUGUGCUGCUAAAAAUUCAUAAGACUAAAGAAAAACCACGAGGAAUUUUUUUUUCUUAAUUUCCAAUAUAAUUUGUAUGCAAUAGUAGUUGAUUGCUGGCCAGGGAAAAUUUUCACUCCUAUAAAAAUUAUUUAUAUCUGCAAAGUUUACAGACUUUCUUUUGAUAAUGAAGAUGAGGAUAAAAAAAUGCUUAUUGAAGAAAUGCUUUUAAGGGAUCAGCUGGUGCUGACUCCAAAAAUAUUUAAAUUUUGGUAUUGGUUUUGGUACUGAGCGAACGCUUCAGAGAGCGCUCCGUAUAAAAAUUGAAGUUCUGAGUUAAAAAAAAAAAUUGCUAUUACACUAUUGCGCCCAUUAUGCAAACAUCGCAGACAAGGAUAAAAAUAAAGUUUAAACACUUCGAAAGGAAAAUGACCCCUUGAAAAAAAUAUAUCAAAGAUAUCAAAAGCAGAGUUUGAAUCCAUCAAGAACAAGAUGGCGGAACUGAAUGAAUGCCAAACCAUGUAGCGUCUGUGGUCUUGCCGGUCGUGAGAGAUGUGCAAUUUCUUAGUGAUAGUUAUGAUACUUUAGUCCAAUCCAAAACUAUCAUUGGGGGACGCUUUGCUAGUUUUCCUCGAAGGUUGGAUUUGUUAGCAUCAAAUGUUGGCAAGAUAAGCAAGGCUGUCGACGAAAUGCCGCAUUACAACUUAUCAAUACAACUUCUAGAUUGUUGGGGUACCCCAAGUCAAAGAGGAGGAACCUGCGCAAGAUACCGCAAAAUUCUGUUGAAAGCUAUUUUCUGGCCUCGGAGUCGAUGUCUUGGCCACGGACAUCGACAUUGCUCACAGGGUUCCACUGCGUAAUGCCACUUUUAACAAAAGACAUCCAAACCCAUUCAUUUGCAAAUUUACAGGAAGGAUGGAUCGGGAUGAAGUGUUAGCUUCAAGAGGCUGCCCAACUCACUACUGAGCUCCCGGGGCUUUCUUCUUCAACUGUUAUCGAACGAGUCACGAUUUAUAGUCACCUAACGCCCAGCUAACAGCAUUUGUUACAGGCCGCGAAAGACCACCAGAGCGCACAUAACUACGAGUGGUAAUGGGCGAAGGGAGAUAAUCAUGGGUGAUUUAAAUAUUGACCUUCUUGAGUGCGCAUCAUCCUCUCAUAGUCACGACUUUUUGUUGUCCCUAAAAAGCUGUUAUCUCAUUCCGACAAUUGACAAACCAACUCGUCUUCGUUCUUCCUCUGCCACCCUUAUUAAAAACAUCUUAAUUAACAAACCUGAUCAAAUCGUAGCUUGUGAAUACAUUAUUUCUGACACAGAAGGAAAAAAACAUUAAAUAAUAUUCUUACAGUACAGAAACACAAGGUUCAGAGUUGGAAAAUGAUUUGCUACCUUAUAUGAAUAACUCUAAAUGCAGCCAUAGGAUUUCAACAAUUUUGGGUGUCUUCUAGCACUGUCCCAUCUGGUGCCUUCAUAUCCUGUGUUCCCACUUUUUCUCUGGUCCUCUGAUCCCACUGGUCCUCUGAUCCCACUGAUCCUCUGGUCCUCUGUACCCACUGGUCCUCUUUGUCCACUGGUCAUCUGGUCCUCUGUUCCCACUGUUCCUCUGGUCCUCUGUACCCACUGGUCCUUUGGUCCUCUGUACCCACUGGUCCUCUGUACCCACUGGUCCUCUGUUCUCACUGUUCCUCUGGUUCUCUGUGCCCACUGUUCCACUGGUCCUCUGUUCCCACUAUUCCUCUGUUCCCACUGUUCCUCUGGUCCUCUGUACUCACUGGUCCGCUGUGCCCACUGUUCACUGAUCCUCUGUACCCACUCACUUUACUCUUCGAUAAAGAUUCUUCCUCUAUUCCCACUGUUCCUCUGGUCCUCUGUACUCACCGGUCCGCUGUGCCCACUGUUCACUGAUCCCCUGUACCCACUCACUUUACCCUUCGAUAAAGACUAUUGCUCUGUUCCCACUGUUCCUCUGGUCCUCUGUACUCACUGGUCCGCUGUGCCCACUGUUCACUGAUCCUCUGUACCCACUCACUUUACCCUUCUGCUAUAUCUAUCAGUUAAUUAUUAGUUAUUUCAGAACCCGGUAUAUGAGAGACUACCCAAUAACUCAGUUAUUGAAAUACGCGUUCACUGUUAUUAGCAGUAUCUCGUUGAAAUUAUAAAUCUGUCUAUCUCAACUUGAGUAUAUCCAAAUAAAUAAAGGGGGUAAGUUUCUAUAGAAACUGUGGUGCUGCGUCGGUGGGAGUGUAUAACAGGUAAUUUAGUGUUAAAAACUGAAUUGAAAACGUUUAUUGGCCACCGUAAAGAGUUUAAAGAAUUCCUAGUUAUCUCACAAUUUGCAUAUAUCCACAAAAGCCAUGUAGCAAUCAAAAUUAGUCAAACCAGGCUAUUAUCCUGAUCUCUAAAUUACGAUAUUUUGUGCCGAAAACAUUUUUGUUCUUUCUCUUAUUACGCCAUAUCUAACUUACGAUCUGAUUCCUUAGGGCCGAGCAUGUAACUUGUACCUUGACAAGCUUCUUAAGCUCCAAACACGUGCUCUCCGUUUUAUUUUUUUUCUGAUGGUAACCAGCAUGCUAUUCCUCUACUUACUGAUGCCGGAAUUUUACUGUUACAGUUCUCCUACUAUGAACUUGCAGCUAAUUUGAUGUUUGACAUCAGACAUAAAAAUGCACCUUGCAGCAUUCAAGAACUCCUCCAAGAUAUUUCUGAGAUCCUUUCUUAUAAUACCUGAUCUUCUGUGCUUCUAACAACUUCAUAGACAAAGCUCUAGACUAUCAGUUCGACUACAUUCUUUCUCCAGAACUGAAACAAAAGUUUGCGAUGAGAUGCCCUUAUGAUUGAGAAAUCUUUCAAAAAACGAUUUCAGAAAGACAAUAAAAAGAUAACUCUUCGACAUUCUCACUUUAGAAGACUCUAAAAUCGACCCUCAACAAAUCAUUCAAAAGCUCAAUUUUUUCUGAAAUGUUAUAACUAAUUCUAGCGUGUUUUUUUAGCUGCCAACAUGUUAUAUCCUUAGUUAGUCCUAUAUGUUAUUGUAAAUUUACCUAUUCUGUCACAAUAAAUCUGUCCUAUUAACAAAAUGAUUAGAUUAUAAGUAAUUUUUGAACGCUUAUGCAAUAUUUUUUACGUCUAACAUGCGACCCACCUAAAAUAGCAGGCAAGCUAACUGUGGGCGUAUGAAAAAUAGUAAAAACAAAUCCAAAUAUAUUUAAUUUUUUUUUUUGGUAUUUAUUUACCAAAUUCUCCAAACCAACAUCAUAAGAAUUGUGUGGCAGAGAGUAAGGAGAAUUACUAAUGAGAUCUUAGGAGUGAAAGGGUUAAGAUUGCACUACAAAGGUAAAAAAGUGACUAUUUCAUGAUAAGUUUCCCAAAAUUUUUUUCAGAAUGGAGUUACUGUUUUUCAUUUCUAGAUAUUGAUGAAUGCGCUAAGGGACUACACACUUGUGACAUCCAUGCCUAUUGUAACAAUAUGAAUGUAUGUAACAUACACCAUGGUAUGUUGUAAGCCAACAUACCAUGGUGACGGAGAAAUUUGCAUACUGGGUAACUACCAUUGACAAGCUUUGAAAAUGAAAGGCAUGUUGUCGCUUUGUCCGAUCAACGAUAGUCUUCGUAUUGACAGCUACCUGUUUAGAAACAAAUUCACUACAUUUUUGAUACUGAAAUUUUUUUAAAAGAGUCAUAAAUAAAUAAGGGGAUUGUUAGCUGAUUCAAUAUCAAAUUCUUGGAACUAACAUUAUAAGAAAUGUAUGGCAGAGAGGAAAGAGAAUUACCAAUGUGAUCUUUGGAAAGAAAUGGUUAGAAGAAAAACAUCGCCAGCAUUAGAGUCAAACAUGGGUUAAAUUGUCAAUUAUGUUACGAAAUUUCAUUCACUGAGACUUUGAUGAUGGAUCAUGGGGUUGUGUCUUCAAUUUCCCCCUCCCUUAUCUGAUGUCAGUAAUUCUAUAAAAAGUACCACGUGUACAAGCCACACUAGAAGCAAAUGUUAUCAGAUUAUGGUCCCUCAGUCAUGGAAUACUGUGAUAGACACAGAGUGUAAAUUGGUGAAGAUAAAAGUCGAGAGAUCAUCAUAUGAUUCUUCUUGCAGGGGCUAAAAACUGCGCAGAGCUUUAUAACGCUGGAGUAAGAAGCAAUGGCGUUUAUUUAAUCGACCCUGAUGGCUCAGGUGACUUUCAUGUUUAUUGUGACCAAACAACCUCUGGCGGGGGUUGGACUGUGUUCCAGAAGAGGUUGGACGGCUCUCUUGACUUUUAUCGCACCUGGUACAGUUACAAAUAUGGCUUUGGUAACACAACUAGCGAGUUUUGGCUCGGAUUGGAGUCAAUACACCGCCUGACUAACAGCGAGGGAUACAAGCUUCGUAUUGAUUUGGAGGAUUUUUCUGGGAAUACUGUUUAUGCUGAGUACACUUGGUUUAAAGUUGAGAGCGAGGGAUCUAAUUACACUUUAAGAUUCGGAAGCUACUCAGGUAAACUUGCUCCCGGAAACCGGGAGGAUUUUGGUUGUGUCACGAUGAACCCUCAUUGGCACUUAAUAAGCAGUCAGCCAGUCCCCCUUUUAAUAAAACUCUGUUUUGGCGACGACUGGAAGCCAUAUGUUUCUUUCAAUUAUGCUCUAACCCCACUUGCUGUGAUACAUGAUCAUUGCUGCCUCAGUUCUCCUUGUCUCAUUUCUAAAAUCGUCACAUCGAAAUAGUUAAAGAAUUGUAUAAAUGCAAACUCGUGUUCUCUCUUUUCCUUGAGGGGAGGGGGUGGGGAGGGAGGGAGAGAGAGAGAUAAUGAUAAUAAGAUAAAUAGAUAAAUAUAGAUAAAAGCAAUAAGUGAUACUUUUUGAAACCUGAAGGGUUCUCUUUAAUUAUUAUAAUGACAAUAAACAGCUACAAAUUGAUAAACUUGUGGCCCUCUAAAUUAGAAACUAAACAUGAUGAAUAAAAAAAACAGUGUUUCAAACCCCAGUUGACAGGAAGACAGACCAGAAUUGAACUUGAGGCAAUGAGAAGAAACCCAGUGAGUAGCAGAGUGACGAGUUUGACCCGGGAACAUCGGAUUACAAAUCCAGUAUCCUAACUAUUCGGCCCCAAUGCCUCCUCUUGACUUGCUAUCGAUUGAAUGACUAUUUCAUAAACCCUUUAACAAGUGCUAACAGCGUAAUCACGAUCUUUCGAUGAUAAUAAUUUUGAUUUGAUCAUACAUUUCAGGGAAUGCCGGAGACUCGUUUUCGUUUCACAAGGGUCGAUCCUUUACAACAAGAGACCGAGACAAUGACUUAAGGAGAGGACUGAACUGUGGUGAGCUUUGUAAAGGGGGCUGGUGGUACAACGACUGUUGGCAUAGCAAUCUAAAUGGUUAUUAUCACCGGGGAACCUACCCAAGAGAAAACGGCUGGUACAAUGGCGUUGGCUGGUAUAAGUGGAAGGGACAUAAUUACUCACUUAAGAGAACUGAAAUGAAGAUACGACCAGUAGGCUUUUAGUUGUCCGUUGUGGCCUCCAAGUUUUUCGAGCUAUUUUUGUCGUGAUUAUGGUUUGGAAAAAAUAUUCGAUAAUACGCAGUGAUUUUGGUUUUCGGGAACAAUGAAAUUUAUCUGAUUCUCCCCUUCCCCCCCUCCCAAGGCUCUUUAGUAUUUCUUAUAAUCCCCUUCAUUGGAAGUCAAUGUUCUGUAGUUCCCCCCCUUUAUAAUCUGUCAGUUAAGAUUGACCCCUUCCCCUUCCGUUCCUUGAAAAAUCUCCCCAAAGUUCAUCCUUUUCAAGAAAAUUGACUUAUAACAGGGCCUCCUUAUUGGUCAGUUAGACCAGAGAGGCCUGGUUACUUGUCACCAAAAAACCUUUUGUUGUCCAUAAGAAUGUAAAUGAUGUAGUAAGAUCUGCCCAACAUUGUAGAGUAAUUUUCUGAUUUACUGCAUUUGCUCUAAGACAAGACACAUACCAGGCAAAGAUUUUAACCCUUCCAAACUGACACAUUGUAGAUAGGGAAAUUUCUUACAGUUAACUUUUUCUUACGAUCAACUAUAAAAACUUGUCAAUUUUUACCCCUAACAGCUGAUUUGUUUUGCCGUUUUACAGCCAGUAACCCCAUUAUACUGAUGCCCUCAUAUUAGCAUUGCUACUGCUUGGUAUAUAAUAACAAGGGCGUAGCCAGGGGGGUGCCCGUGACCCUUCCCUCCUUUGUGAGCCUUUUUUCUAAGCUAACAACCUUAACUAUUCAAGUGGCGAAAAGCUGGCGAGAACCCUCUGUUGACACAGCGUGAUUCCUGGCUAUACCCCUGUAUGAUAGUAACUGCUAAACUGCAAAUCUGUAAAAGUCACCUUUAUUGAAAACGUGUACAGUUCAGAUUAAGUAUUACAUUAACGUCCAGGGUCAUGAAAUAGACUGAUAAACGUUUUCAGUUUCCUAUCGCUUUUUGAUGCAGUGUACCUAUUUAUCCAACUUUACUUGGCCCUGUCUGCGUUGAUAUAGGUACGUACAUUGGUGUCAGUCUCAUCAUAUUUUGUGUAAAAUUAUGUUACGUAUUAGCAUUGUAGCUGUUUUGGUAAAUUAAAAUAGUAGCUGAUACCGACGUAAAUUCUUGAAAGUUAUGUCUAUCCGGCGAGAUAUCAAUGAACUGUAAAUAACAGGCUCUAAAGCGAAUAAAGUUUGAGGGAUGUAAAUGAAUGACCUUGUCGUUCUCUUUGGCGCUUGCUUGCUUAUUAGAACAAUCUAACUGACAACCCUUCAUAUUGCGUUUCCUCUCUUGCAAACCCGAUUUUUCCCAUAUGGCACAACCAAUUUAUCGUCAUCAUCACGAUCAAUUCUUUCAAGAAUGACUUCGAAAGCACCUCCUUCUUGUGAAGCAGAACCUUCAGCAGUUAAUUCCGAGUGUCCAGUCGCCUGGUGCCUAGUUUCCAAGUGUCCAAUCUAUGCUGAGGACAAGACAUGGCGAGAGAGAUCAGACUAAUUUGAAUUUUGUCAGCUGAUUCUGGCAAUUCGGCAGGCACUUUAAGCAAAGUCAUUUAAUUUGAUUUUUACUUGCUUCUCGUUGCUUUGAUAAUUUGCGUCCUUCGUCAGAAGUUUUCAUAGUAGUCUCGUCUCGCUUAGUUAAAUAUUGGGGGUGUAAUAGGGGCGGGGCUGACACGAGCUCUCCCCAGCUCCCGUCGGACUUCUAAUAAUCUUUCCAGUCUACCGCCAAAAGAACAACAAGAUGGCGUCUGAAAUGUUAGUACUUCAGAACUUUAUCGGAGGAAAAUUCGUACCUUGCACAAAUCACAUUGACAGCUACGACCCAUCAACGGGAAGGGUGCACUGUAAGGUUCCAGACAGCACUGAAAAAGAAGUCGAUUUAGCCGUUAAGGCAGCAAAUGAAGCGUUUGAAAGGUAAUGUGUGUUCUGUAAACAUAAUUGAUCGCCCAGAGUUGGGGUUGAGUGAGGCAUGCUGGUUGUACUUGUGGCUAUCAAGAUUCUCUAUCUCCGUUAAGGGAAUGCAUUGUUUUCCUAAUUUAGUCUUUAAAAAAAACUGAUCCUGAAAUCACGAAUUGACUCUAUCAUGAUCGAUGUUUAAUGAAGUUGCGAAAUCUCUAUGUUGUACAUAUGAGGUGCUAUCAUUGGGAAAUAUAUAUAAUGAUUGUACACAUGAGGUGCAAUCAUUGGGAAAUAUGUAUAAUAAUGUAUGGCGUGAUUUCUUUCAUUAUGUAUAAAGUACAUACAGAGUAGUCAGUGGCUUAAAAUCUCACAGUUUAUAGACUACGAUAAUCACAUUACGCCGUUGUCUAAGUAACUAUAACUAUAAAGCACGUAGAGGGUUUUGGGAUCGGAAAAUGAAUGAUUCGUAGUAGUGCUCUAAAGGUAGUGCAGACCAACUAUAGCCUUUCUGAUGUUUUCCUUAUUUCCUAAGGCCAUCUUAUCUCAAUGAAUGCACAGCUGACUUUCAACGCGUUAGUUUAAAUAUUAUAGAAAAAAGAAACUCCCCCUUCAACAUGUAUGCCUCAUUGCCAACAAACGUGUCACUGUGCACUAAAAGAACAUGAAGCAUGCUCUUCAAAUUGAAUAUGAUAAUAGAAAUUUACUUGCCAGGUUUUAUGUGUAGUUACACCUGGAAAUUUCCCUUUCUCUCUGAUUCUUUGUUUCUCUGUCUGCAUGUUUGUCUGUCUGUCUGUCUGUCUGUCUGUCUGUGUCUUUCUGUCUCUCUGUCUGUAUUUCUAUCCGUCUGUAUAUCUGUCUUUAUGUCUGUCUCCCUGUUUGUGCUUGCAUAUUGUUUUCCAGGUUUUGAUUAAGAGAUGCUGCUACAAAAGAAUUGUUAUUUAAAGUAUCGAGGGAAUCAUUUCCAAUUCUGAAAAAAAGAUUCAGGCCAUUGAGAUUAAGCUAGAAAUUUUUUUUUAGAAUAGCUAAAGAAAGCUUUAAUAUCAGUUGCCCGGUGAACUCUUUGGUUUGUUUGACUUCAAGUAGGAAUGCUGAGUAUUUAUUUUCUUUGUAGCUGGUCUGUAACCACACCAGAAUAUAGGGCAGGUAUAAUGAGAAAGAUUGCUGAUCUCAUUGAGGCCCAAUUGGAUGAAUUUGCUGAGGCAGAAUCAAAAGACCAGGGGAAGCCAGUGUUGCUGGCUAAGACAAUCGACAUUCCACGUGCCUGCCAUAACUUUAGAUUCUUUGCCUCUACAAUUAUACGUUCCUCAGUGGAAAACCAGUAAGUACUUGACUUACACAUUUUCUUAAUCCUUCAACUCCCAAAAGUGAUUAACAUGUAACUUCUCCCUAUAAUAUCCAUACAUUAUCCAGCAGGUAGAUAUUGUUAUCUUGAUCCAACACUAAAUUCUUGUUACUAAUUUACAAGGAAAUGUGUAGCAGCUAGAGGGGAGAAUUAACAUUCAGAUCUUGGGAGUUAAAGGGUUAAAUAAAUUUGAUCCCCACCUUAAGUACUAUUAAUAAUACUACUACAUAACAUCAAUAAACUGAGUAAAUGAAUCAAUCUCUCCGUUAGUUAGUUAGUUAGCAUGAAUUUUCAAAUUGGUUACAUGUAGAUAGCAAAAUUCUCAGCUGUCAGCCAACCUUUGCUUUUUUGCCAUUUAUCCAAUUUUUUUGUGUAGUUUUUGUCAGCUUCCUGCUUUAUCCCAUGAUAAAUGCCUAUUAGCUGCUGAAAGGGAUUAAUUUACCGGUCACUGAAACUGAGAACAAGUGCACAAGCAAGAAAUCCUCUCUUGAAUGUUUUUAGUGGCACAACCAAUCUGACCAUAAUUUUUUAAUAAACAAGUUAAAUUUAUUUUCACUUUAAUAGAACCAGUGUUCUAGAAAAUGUAGGUGCACUGAAUUACACUAUCCAAAGUCCAAUUGGUGUGGCUGGAUUGAUCUCCCCUUGGAAUUUGCCUGUUUAUCUUCUGACUUUCAAGAUUGCUCCCGCAAUUGCUGCUGGAAAUACUGUUGUUUGCAAACCAAGUGAAAUGACAUCUGUCACAGCAUGGAUGAUGGCCAAGGUGCUUAAUGAAGCAGGUAGAAAAAGUAAUAUUUCAGUUAAUUCUUUCACUCCAAGGAGUGACCCAGGCAAGAUUUCUUCUUACAAUAUCAAUAUAGAAUCAAGUAGACCAGUAAUGAGAAUAAAUGAAUAUAUCAGCGAGGGGAUUAUUAUUUUGAUCCAAGACCAAACUCUUUGAACUAACUUUAAGGGAAAUGUCUGGCAGACAUUAGGGAGAAUAAGCACUUGGGUGUCAUAACUGGAAAGAAACCUUUUGUAUUCUGAAGUAAUGUUGUGCUUGUUAUUUACACUGUUACUAUAACAAUCAUGCUCAGAAGGUAAUUACCCAAAUUUUAUAACUUGGCAGUUGUACAGUCAUGUUUCUCAUAAACAUCACUUUUUCAUUGUGUUUAAAUAUUAAGUAGGGGACUACAAGUUGAUCCAAUACCAAUUUCUCCAAACCAACAUCAUAAGAAUUUUAUGGCAGACAGUAAGGAAAAUUACUACUAAGAUCUUGGGAGGGAAAGGGUUAAUAAUUUAGUUAACCUUUACUUUGCCUUUUGAUUGGUGUUGAAAACUUGUGCUAUCCUUUCAACCAAUGGGUUGCAAAAUGCAAGCCAAUUGCAACAUGGUUGAAUCAAUGUUUCAGGUAGUUGCAGCUGUAGUUUGUUUGACUUUGAGUUACUGUAUUCCCAAUAUUAGAGCCCCCUUUCAUAAUUUUCUUUGUCCUGAUUUGCAUCUCUUCGAUAUACAAUCAAAAUCCCCCCUCUAAUGUGUCAUGUCUCGGUCAAUGUCUGUAGGUCUGCCUCCUGGUGUUGUUAACUUUGUGAUGGGCACUGGACCCAAGGCAGGCACUGCCAUUGUUAGACACCCUGAUGUUCCUGUGAUUUCAUUUACUGGUUCAACUGUCACAGGUCAAGUUAUCACAGAAAUGACAGCUCCUUUUUACAAGAAAACUUCAUUGGAAGUGAGUGCUGUUUUAAAUACCUAAUGAGCUUUGCAACUGUUCAGAGCAUGUUUCAGGCAAGUUUAAUUCUUUUUUGCCCUUAGAUUAAUAUCCAUAUUCUUCAUGAUUUUUCAAAAUAAAUUUUUUCCAGCUCGGAGGGAAGAAUGUUGCAAUUAUUUUUGAUGAUGCAGACUUAGAGAGAUCCAUAGCAACGACUGUCAGGUGUGUGUGGUAAUUUAUCUGUCUAGUGUAGUUUGUAAAAUUACUCUUUUUAUUAGAAAAUUUUAUGUGUUAAUGUACAUCGAAAACAUUUCGUAGCUAGGAAAAAUAGAGUGUGAAGGAUUUCAUUCAAAGUUUGCAGGCCAGCGAAGUUUUGCAGCUCUCCAAAGUUUACAGAAAAAUGAGGCUCCACAUUAACUCUCACAGCACCUUGUAAAACACUCUCAUCACCAAACAGUACAUGUUCUUCUCCAUGUUUUUUUUUCUUUUUUUGUUCAGUGUGCCUUUGUAUAUAAACUGGUGGUUGUUAAGAGUUUGAUUACGUUUUAAGAGAAGACGUAUCCCUAAAAAUUUCAAGCUUACAGUAUACCGUAUGUGUUACAUGAAUCCAUUGAAUCAAACUUAUUUUUGUGAACAAAUUUGUUUGUCAAGUUACUUAGAAAUAGUGUUAAGUUUUAUAUUUGUUUUAGGGAGAAGUUUUUCCCCUAAGAUAAGGAGCUAUAUGCAUGCAAAUAUCUUAUGGUGAAAUAUGAAUUCACUUUAAAUUUGUAUUUCAGGUCCAGUUUUGCCAAUCAAGGAGAGAUCUGUCUGUGCGCCAGUAGAGUUUAUGUACAAAAAGGAAUUUAUGACCAGUUUUUGGAGGGUUUUGUGGAAAGAACUGGGUAGAGCAUUUCACCAUUUUAGAUUAUGAUAGAGAAAUAAAUAUUUCUGAUGAGUAUAAACUUUUCCCACUUUAAAGAGGAGGUCCACUGUAUGAAAACGGAUUGAGCUUAGGAGGGUUUGGAAUUUGUAUAAUUUAUCAGUUGUGUGUAAGGAGAAGUAAGGCUUGCUCUCUGAAGAGGAGGAAGGGGGGGGGGUGGAUGGGUGAUUGUUUUUUUGGGGGGGAAGGGGAGGAGAGGGGAAAGGAGGAUUUGCUGUAAACAGGUGUGAGUGAGACUUUAGACCCAUAGACUUAGAGCCUUAAGCGACUCACCAAUAAUUCUAGAGAUUUAGUGAAUUUUCUUUUUCUUGUCUCUUGUUAACUCGUGAAUUGCGCGCAUGCACAAGAGCGAGAUGUAGAUAUGAUGUGAGAAUGGCACUCGCUCGCUCACUCGCUCGAUUGGUCGAUUCCUGUAAACGUUUUUUCGAUUUUAGGCUUUUGAGUGCAUUUGACAGUUUUUGGCGAGCAAUAAACAAACGAAAAGGCGACCUUUGUUGCUAAGAAUGGUAGUGGGGUGAAAAAGAAGCCAAUGAUAAUCUUAAAAGAGUUUUUUUUUUUCGUUUUAGUUUCAACAAGCGGCGCCAGCGACUGGCAGGCAUGCAAGGAUUCACACUGAAAUAACAGAACAACCUUCGUUUUUCACAAAAUUGUAAUUUACAAUCCUUGAACUUGAAAACAAUCCGAAGAUUCAUUGAAAAUAUCACUUACUGCGAAGCUCUCGGAGUUUACAAAUGUUUAAAAGCUUCUUCUGUUAUGGCGUGAGAUUGAGGACAAAAUCGAUCAUUACGUUUAGUAUCGUGUGUUUUUCCUGUGUGAAGCAACAGAAGAUGCCGGCGACUGACGAAAUUACAAGUUAACACGAAAAUCAAAUAACACCUAAACAAACAGUUUUAGCUACCGAUUUUCAGUUUAUUCUUAAAGAACAAUUUUCUUUUAAGUUUCAAGAAAAUUUGAAGAUUCAAAAUAAAUAUUACGUACUAAAAUGCAAAAGUUAUACACCACAAAAUUGAUAAAUAGGCCUGAAAUGAAUUUCUAUCUUGUUCUUGCCUAGCACGUGACUAAAAUAUACUCAGGCGGAGAUCCAAAAUGACGGUGGCAUUCUUGGCUUAGUUAUAUCACUCAAAACUCGUUCCCGUUUGUCUUAUUUGACAAAGAGGGAAUCGUUAAUGUUUUCAUUAAGACAGUAUUGCCUUGAUUUUCUAAUAUUUACAAUGAUAGACAGUAAAUUUCACUUUUCACCUACAUUUACUUCCAAACUUUUCUUUUGAACCAGAAACAAAAAUGAUAUACGUUUAAAACACAUGACAUCAUUCACCCUUGUCAAAUGUAAUAGCAUGAUCAUUUCAGUUGUAAUGCCUUCUUAUCCCAACGUUACUUUGUUUAUUUGCUACAUUAGCGAACACUGAACUACUGCUCGUACUCUAGAUAUGACAAUCAACCACAAAAUUCCCUAAACCAGAUAACAUUAAACAUAAUCCAAAAAAAUCAUGUGUCAACUCACGAGUUUGCUCACAGAGCACUUUGAUUUUUAUAUCAGGCAACUCAAGGUUGGUUCUCCAAAAGAUUCAACAACCAACGUCGGAGCUUUGGUAAGCAAGGAACACUUGGCUAAGGUACGUUUUUGGAAAUUUAUUCAUAAGAUUCGACUAUACUGGUGUUUACGUUAUCAUAUUUAGUUGCUAUCAUCAUCAUGCGGUGUUAUCGAUGUAGUUAUAUCGUUAGCGUUAUCGGCAUCGAAAGCGUCGUUGUAAGCGUUAUCGUUAGUUUUAUCGUUAACGGUUUAUCGUUAUCAUAACCAGGAGCAACUGCACAAUAGAGGGUCACUUUUUAACACUUUAAAGCCUAAGAGUGACUGGCAUCUAAUUUCUCCUCGCCAUAUCAUCCCUGAAUCAAACAUUAAGGUCAUGAGAAUAAAGGAAAUGAUCAACAAAUAAAGAAGCUCUUGAUUGUUAGACAAACUCUCCUUGUCAGCACCUUAGGAAAUAUUUAGAGAACAGUAUGGAGAAUAUGCCUACUGAUGUCAGGGUGUAAAGGGUUAAGGAGCAUAUCUCGUAGCUCGUUUGGCUCUGCAUUUUUUAUAUGCACGUGAAGUGUUAGGGUAUUUUUGUAGUGCAGGGUAAUUUAGGAAUAUCAACUGCGUUGAUAACGUAAAUUAGCCACCGUAAAGAGUUCCAAAGCUGACGUUUCUAGCGUCAACCAUUCGCUCUGAUGAAGGGCUAACGCUCGAAACGUCAGCUUCGAAACUCUUUACGGUGGCUAAUUUACAUAAUCAACUCAGUUGAUUAUACUAAAUUCCCCUGUUAUACUCUUCCACCGAGGUAGCACCACAGUUACUUUAGAAAUUUGCUCCCUUUAUUUUUUUGUAAUCGCUCGUUUAGCUCGGUAGUAGAGCAAACGAACCCCUGGAGCUGGUUAGUUUGGUUGAUGAUGGCCUUGUAUUCUGUAGUUUAGCCCAUUAUCGUUAUAUCGGUAGUCAUUGAUAUCAGUAUCAUUGUCGUAAUCGGUAGCGUUAUCAAUUUCGUCAUUGGUAUUCGUAUCAGUAACGGUAACGUUAUCAGUAGCUUUUUCGAUAGCGUUCUCGUUAUUGCAAAAAAAUGGGGAAAUAAAAAUUUAUUGUAUCAAGGUUACAAAUUUAACACAAAUUUAUUUAUUUUAAUCUUAAAGUUCGUGGCAACUCGUACCGUCCCUUACAACAAAUCGAUAUCGGGUCUAAAGCGUGUCAUUUCCUCUCAAGGUCCUUGGAUAUGUGAAACUUGCCGUGAAUGAAGGUGACGAAAGUAGCCCGAAAAAAAAAAGUCAAGGCGCUCGAAGAAACAAAUACUAAAAAGAUCUGAAUUUCAGACUGUAAAAAAGCAGUAACGUUGAGAAAUUUUUAUUACUAAAGCGCUCUUUGUUUCCGACAACACCAUGAAGAUUCUUAAAGCGUUGUUCGUUCCUAAGAGGAAAGGGAAGCAUUCUCCGUUUUUAACAAAAAAAAUGAAGCGUUGUUCGUAAGCUUGGGAAACUCUUUCUUGUUUCUUAAAAUGCCAUGAAGACUUUGACUACACAGAAAUCGAUUGUAUGGUCAGAAUUGAAAUAUGUUUGAGUAACGACUCUAAAAGCUUUGUUCGUUUCUAACAACAGAGGGAAGCGUUGUUCGUUUCUAUAACAACAAAUGCACGGAUGCAGCGUAACAUACAAGUAAAGUUCCGACAUAGUUUGAUGCUACUCUGGUUUGCAGAUUUAAUGAAUGUAACCGAAGAAGUUACAGUUCAUAGACCCAACGUUUCGACACUCCUGUCUAGUGCCUUCAUCAGGGGUGAUCUAAACGCUGCAACAAGAGGUCCUUUUAUAUGAUCACUAAUUAGCGGCCUUUUUUCUGACGGGGUGUAAAUAGGCGUCAGGAAGCAAACCGCCAUCGUCACGAUUUAAAGGAGCGUGGGCGGAGUUAAUAUGCCAAGCCUCCAAACAAAGGCGCUGGUGGUAACGCCGAUUAGUGGUGAUAAUUUUAGAAUUAUCCCACCCAAUUGUAUGGUUGGUUAGGCAUGUAUGCUCCGAUAAAGCUGAAUUUUCCUUUUUGCAAAGAAAAACCGCUUUUUGGUGCUCUCUCAACCGUGUACCAAACUGACGUUUGGUCUGUCCGAUGUAUUCGUUGUCACAGUCAUUGCAAGGACGGUUCGUUGUUCUUUCGUGACAGGUGAAAACACCUGGUAAACAGAUGAAAACACCUGCUAAACGCAUGUCGAUUGUCGCGUUCGACAAGUCGGUAAAAGGUAAAGCGAGUAACAUACAAAUAAAAUUAACUUGUUGCCUUGCGUAAGGAAAGUGUGAUAUUUUUAAGAUAAUCAGUCUAUUGUUAUUCUUGUGACUUUUUUCACAGUAGUUGUCUGAUAGCAUCAUUUCCCUUAGGGUCAGAAUAAGCAAAAAUUAUGUGGUCGUGCUCUGUUUCCUCUGGCGGUCGCGUGUAUGCUUUGAUCCGAUCAAAGUAUAUAUGAAGAGGGUAAAGCUAGCUACAAUACGAAUUCGAACUGAUUAAAAUGAGCAUUCAUCCUUGCAUCGAGUGUGAUGAUGAAGUUAGACCACGUCAACAAGCCCUACAGUGCGACGAUUACGGUCGACCAUAUGGCCUUUCUGACCAUAUGAUCGAUUUAAAGCCUUCAUGGCUUUGUUAGAAACUAAGAAAAAGUUUUUCGAGCUUACGAAAUGUCCGUGAGUAAGAAACGAUUACAUACCAAACGAACAACGCUUCAUUUUUUUGUUAGAAACGGAGAACGCUUCCCUUUGUUGUUAGAAACGAACAACGCUUUUAGAAUUGUUACUCAAACAUAUUUCAAUUCCGAGCAUACGAUCGAUUUCUGUGUAGUUAAAGUCUUCAUGGUAUUGUUAGAAACCAAGAAAGAGUUUCUCAAGCUUACGCUGUAUUUUGUUGUUAGAAACGAACAAGGUUUCCCUUUGUUGUUAGGAACGAACAACGCUUUAAGAAUCUUCAUGGUGUUGUCGGAAACAAAGAACACUUAAGUGAUAAAAAAUUUCUCAACGUUAUUGUAUAUUUACAGUCUGAAAUUCUGAUCUUUUUAGUAUUUGUUUCUUCGGGCGACUUUACUUUUUUUUUCGGGCGACAUAAAUUUCGGACAACAUGACUCAGGUUUCGGGUGACAUGACUUCAGGCGAGAUAAAUCUCGGGCGACUUGACUGUAAACCAUUAAUAAUAGUAACAUUCAAUUAUAAUACGCCUCCUGGAUAAACAAAGUCUCUCUUUCUAAGGGGUCCUCUAGGAGAUUGCUCAGGGAAGUGCAUGGUGUCUGAUUUCACUGUUAACGCAGGUUUUCAAUUGAUACGAAACCUGCUUUUAAAACCGAUAAGCCAAUAGGAUUCUGAAGUGCCGUUUUAUACCCAUAGGGUGUUCUAUAUUUACUCAAAAGUGGAGAGGAAGUGAUAUAGUACUCAAAGGACCGGACUAGCCCAUCACUCGUACAAAGGAAAAUGAAGCUCAGACAUCGACGACUAUUCAGCACUAUUUUUCAUAUACUCGUGGUAAUAGUCUCCUCAGGAGAGACCUCGAAUG